AUGCUCCCUCUUUACGCGGCUUUCGUUGUGGCAGUGUCCGCCCUGCCUCUCUUUGAACCUCGGUCCGAACAUGGCUUGAUGAACAGGAGAGAUGUCGAUGUGGAUGUCGAUGCCCAGGUUGAUGUUCAUCGUCGGAAUAUCGACGCUGACGUUGACGCCGUUGUUGUCGUUGAUCGACGGGAUAUCGAUGCGGAUGUUGAUGCCGUGGUUAUCGUUGAUCGUCGGGAUGUCGAUGUUGAUGUCGAUGCCGAUGUCGAUGUUGAUCUGAAUCAUCGGGAUGUUGAUGUCGUUGCGGAUGUGGAUGCUCAGGUCGAUGUUCUUCGAAGGGAUGUCGAUCUUGACGUCAGUGCCGACGUCGAUAUUGACCGCCGGGAUGUCGAUGCGGAUGUCGAUGCUGUUGUUGUCGUUGAUCGUCGGGACGUCGAUGUUGAUGCUGACGUUCAGGUUGAUGUUGGCCGCCGAGAUGUUGAUGCCGAUGUUGAUGCUGUUGUUGUCGUUGACCGUCGGGACGUCGAUGUUGAUGUGGAUGCUCAGGUUGAUGUUCAUCGUCGGGAUAUUGAUGCGGAUGUCGAUGCCGUGGUUGUCGUUGAUCGUCGGGACAUCGAUGCUGAUAUCGACGUGGACGUUGAUGCCGACGUCGAUAUCCAUCACCGGGAUGUCGAUGUCGAUGCUGAUGUCGCAGUGGACAUGCAUUAA